AUGCUGUAUUUUCGUCGGUCACGUGACCGUUUCGCAAAGAUGGCGGCGAGCUUCAAGGUGGGCGAUCUGGUGUGGGCGAAAAUGAAGGGGUUUUGUGCUUGGCCGGCCAGGAUCAUCGAGCCGAUGUCAGAGGUGAAGCGGCCAACAAGCAAGAAGAAUCACCACUUUGUGUUUUUCUUUGGUUCAGAAAAUUAUGCUUGGGUCCAAGAAGACAGUAUCUGGAGUUAUGCAGAUAACAAAGCCAAGUUCACUGUCACAAAUCGGAUUCCACGUGGUUACAAUGUUGCUAUUGAGGCAAUUGAGGAUGUCAUAAAGGCAAUGCCCUCUCAGGUACCAGUAAAAACAUCUGAUCUUCCUUCCAUAGAUGAGGAGCUUGCCCAGAUAUUUCCAAAUCGUUCAUCGUCCUCUGGGCCCCACAAAGACUACACUCGGGAACCCCUGUCUGGGAAGAAGCUCCAAGAAAAAUCAAGUGCAUCAGCAGAUAGUGCACUUGUUUACAAGAAACAAAGCAGUAAAAAAUUAAUGGGGAUUUCUGAAGCACAGGUCUUUACCUUAUUUGGCUUUUGGAUCCCAACAUACUUGAGGAAUUUCUUUAAGGGAACAGCAGGAAAUCCUCUACAGCCAACCUCAAAUGGCAGCCGUAUCCCCUUACACGAACCUCAGCCAGCAGUUCCUCAUACCGAAGCAGCUUUCUUUCAUGAGCCUCUUCAAUUCCUUCCUCUUAUGCCACCGUCAACUUGCCAAGCAACAAAUGUUUCUUCUUGCUAUCAAUCAACACUAGAUCUGGCCUCAGUCCAGACACAAUGA